AUGGAACAAGUCUAUAACCAGACUCAAGAUAAGCCAUCUUAUCAUACUAACGGAAUCACAAUCUAUGCCGAUGAUAUACAGUCUAAGGCCGAUCAACUUAAAACCAGUGCUGGGACUCAAUCUACUAGUGAACUUGCUACCACUAAGGAUACUGAUCUCAAUGCAGGUAAUACUCCUCAACCUCAACUCGGUACUAAAGCCGGUCAACUAAAGGAGAAGGCCGAAGCACUUCACACAGCAGCUGAAGGAAUAGUGACUGCUGCUACUCAGAAUACUGGUAGUCCACUUAAACCACUUGAAGAACAAGCGGGAAGCCUUAAGAAUGUAGCCGGCAAUGAAAGUGAUGGUGGUCUAUACAAGGCUGCAGAAGAUCUAUCUAAAAAGACUGAACAAGCUGCUGAUGGACAGGCCACAGCCGUCAUAGACGCAUUUGAAGCCGUUGAAAACAACUACGAAGCACUAAUGAAACUAGCCAAAGAAAGUGGCCUAACCAAUAAUCCUAAUGUCAUUGAGGUUGUCAAGGCGUACCACUCUGUUAAGAACACCUAUUACCAAAUGCUCAUCGGUUAUAGGUUUAGAUACCUAAUUGGUGAAGGUACUGGUAAAGAUGAAAAGAUUCUUAAGAAGGCCAUUGACCUAUAUAAUAAUGCAAACAACCUAGCCCAAGCCUCUGGACUUCAAGCUAAACCAGGUGGUCAAGAUCCUGAUACUGAACUUAAAGAACUACUCAAACAACUUGCCAACGCCCUCGCCACAGCUGUAGGAGACAAUACCGGCUCCCCAAAUUCACUACAAAAGGCCCUCAAUGAUCUCAAAACUGCUAGUACUGAUGCACUAAUUGUUGAAAAGGCCCAAGAAGUAAUCAAGAAGUACAAUGCUGUCAAAGAUGCCUACGGUAAGGUUAGGAAAAAAGAAAAGGAAUAUACUGCUCUUGUUACUGGUGAAUAUACCCUAGUUAAAUCUGCUUUCAAAGAUCUUGAAGAUAAGUUUGACGUCCUUCAGAAGUCCUAUGUAAAUGUCCUCAGGCUUAGGGUUCAGGAACUAUCCACCAGGGCCCACACAAUUUACGAAAAAGCCAGUGACCUAAAGGCCGUUUCUGAACUUAGUGAAGAAGCCAAUGCCCUCAGGGAUGCAGCCAGUAGUGGUGGUAAAGGUGGCCUCCAACAGAAAGCAGCAGCACUAGCAGGUGCUAUCAACACCAAAGAUGGUGACACUACUGCACCGACUGAUGAAGUCAUCCAAAAAUUUGAUACUGUCACAGAUAAGUACAAUGAUCUUAAGGCUAAAGCCAAAUACCAAGCGGCACUAGCCAAAAUAGAAGCAGGUCAAUCAUCACUAGAACCUGAUGAACAAAAGGUUCAGGCCGUUGAUACCUCCUACAGAGAUCUCAAGAACCUAUAUGACUCCAUACUAAACGUUAACAAGGCAACAAAACUUAGAGUCGAAGCUGGUACAAGUCAAGAUACACCUGGUACACUAAGAUACUUGGCCAAAGCCCUCUAUGAAGCGGCCAAUGAACUACAGAAGAAAGUUACUGGUGGUGUUGAUGGUGGUGGUGCCCAAGGUCUUGCCACUGCUGUCGGUAAAGAUGAUAAGGCUCCUAGUUCUGCUGGUAAACCCGGUACUCUUCGAGAGGCUCUCAAUGAACUCGGUAGUGCUACUGAAGGUGAUCCUAAACUAACUGAAAAGGCCAAGAAUGUUAAAGAUAAAUACGGGAAUACCUGGAGUGGAGUAAAAUCUAAAUACUAUGCAGUUAAGGCACUUAAAGACACGGCAUAUGCCGGUAAAACACAAUAUCAACCAGUUGUAGAUGCGUGGAAUGCUUUUGAUAAACUCUACCAUGAAGCCAUAUCUACUGAAAAGUUCUAG